AUGAGUAAAUUAUAAGAAUCAAAUACAUUUGAAAAUAGCAAGAAAUAUAAAAUAAAAACAGAACGUAGUACUUUAAUGGCAUCACCAAAGAAUAAAGAAUUCGAUGUAUAAGAAGAUUUAGUUAAGAGAUUGAAUGAGAAUUAAAAGAGUUUAUAAAAAGAAAUAGAGAAAUUACAUUAAAUUGUAGAAAAUAAGGAAGAUUAAAUAAGAAAAUUGUAAGAUUUAGUGAAAUUACAAUAAAAGGAGAUUGAUCGAUUGACUCAUAUUAAUGAAUAUUUAAUGUAAGCAAAUUAGACAAAAUUGAGCAUCUUAAGAGAUGAGAGAUAAUCAAAUUAAGGAAGUAAAACAAAUGUAAAAAUAAAGAAUCAUAAAUCAUUAAUGCCUUUAGAUAAAAAGGUUAAUAAAUAACCAGAAGAUAAUACAUAAACAAUUAAAUUAUAUCGUAGAUAGACAUUUCGUAAUCCUACAUUAAUGAAGUUCCAUCAAGAAGAAGGAGACACAUUUAAAAGUGAUAGAAAUACAUCUGGAUCAUCUAAUUUUUAUGACAUUCUACAACAAGAAGAUUGUUUCAGAACAAAUGCUAUUUUAAAUAUUUAACUAUGUACUAAAGAAUUUUACUUAUAAUAGCUGAUGAAGAUGCAACUACUUAAUAUAAUUAAGAUGGAACAGUUUCAUUAAUGAAAGUGUUAUUAGAUUCUGAAGAAAUCUUUAGUGAAAUCAUAUAAUCAAUAUCUGCAUAGAAAUUGUCAUUUCUGUUUGAUAAAUUUAAGAGAGUAAUGUCAGAUCAUUAAUAAUUAUUUAUAUUAGUAUUAAGAUUGAAAAAGAUUGUGACUGGAGCAUUAUAAAUGAAUACAUCUGUUCUAUUAGAUGAUGCAUUAUAAAAUAUUAUAGAUAAAUGUGUUGAUUGUUUAGAAUGUGAUAGAGCAUCAUGUUUUAUUGUAGAUUAAACAAAAAAAGAAUUAUGGACUAGAGUAGCCAAAGGAACAUCUACAACUAUUCGAUUACAAAUUGGUUAAGGAUUAGCUGGUUUUGUUGCUUAGAAUCAUACAAUAUUAAAUAUUGAAGAUGCCUAUAGAGAUUAAAGAUUUAAUACAUAAUAAGAUGCAAAGAAUAAUUAUAAAACUAAAACACUUUUGGUUUCUCCUAUUUUAGAUGGUGACAAAUGUGUUGGUGUAUUAUAAUGUGUUAAUAAAUCUAAUGGUUUCUUUACUAAAGAUGAUGAAGCUUUAUUAUAAAUAAUGGCUGAAUUUAGUAAAAGUGUUCUUAAGAAUGCUCUGAAUCAUGAUGCAUAAAUGUUAAUAUAAAAUAAACUUAGACAUAUCAUCAGAACAGGCAUCAUUUUAUAAGGUUGUCUAUUCAAAAAAGAUAAUAUAUAAGAAUUAUUACUUUCUUCAGAAGAAAGACUUAGAUCAUUAAUGAAUGUUGAUUAAGCAAAGGUUAUCUAUUGGAAUAAUAAUUUAUAUCACAUUAAUAAAGAUGGUAAGAUGACAGAGACUUAAAAUCUAAUAGGCAUUGUAGGUAAAUGUAUUGAAGAAUCAUAAUUGGUAGCAGUAAGUAAUUGUUAUACUAGUCCUAUAUUCAAUCCAAAUAUUGAUAUUGAAACUAAUAUGCCUAUAAUAUGUAUGCCUUUAAAAACAUAAAAUCAUUAAAUUAUUGGUGCCAUUUAAGUAGUCAAUGUAAAGGGAAUUGGAAAUAUUUCAUCUAAUAGUGAUGCCAAGAUUAAUUCAAUAGAUCUAGAUAUGUUGGAACUCUUUUGUUAACAUUGUGCUUAAUCUUUAUUGUAAUGUAAAUUACAUACCUAAUAAUUAUGA